CAGAAUAUGAGUACUGCUGGUUUUCCUCUAAGUAAAAUCUGAGUGUGAGAACUAAGAAUUACAGAAGCAGGCAUUACAGGGCACUGGAAGUCACAGUGGAUUUUAGUUUGCACUGCUUUUGACAGGUGAACUGCAGAGAUGCCCACUGAGAAGGCACGUGCGGAAAUCCCUAUGAUUAUGUAUGAACCACGCCAUGAGCCCUAUGCACAAGAACCCUCUGCACCAGAGUACUGCAGUCAAGAAGGGGGUUAUGAGUAUCCUGCUCCCCCACCUUACUCCUAUCGGGAAACCGCCACCAUUGAGCAACCAGUUUAUAUGGUGUCUCAGCCUCCAAUCAUCGUAGCAGGCAUCUUCUCAAGCAAACCAACAUCCACAAUAUGCCCUUCUUGCCGCCAGCACAUCACCACACAGGUCACCUACAGACUGGGCAAACUGUCCUACCUUCUGUGCACCAGCUUGUGCAUGGUUGGGUGCUGUUUUGGAUGCUGCUUCGUACCUUUCUUUGUGAGGAUCUUCAAGGACGCAGACCACUACUGCCCAUGCUGCCAUUUUCAUAUUUAUAGAUACAAAAGACUAUAGAAACAAAGUUUAUGCAACCAGAUGGCAUCAAGUCUCUGUUUCCUAACUGCAUAAGAUCCUACACAUAAAACUACUGGUAUGAAAUAUAAAGGAGUAGGCUUAGGUUCUACAACUCCCUUGCUGGUGAAUCCAUCUGGAGUUUACCAUCACAUAGUUGGACUUAC